GCAAAGGACUGUCUUAUGCUCCGUGUUCUCUCCCCCAAUCCAUUCUACGAACGACGCAUCUGAGUUUGAGUUGAACGACUGGUUACGAGCCUGCCGACCCGCCGGCGCACCUCGGUCUCUGGAUGUUGAACGCCCCGCGCGUCAACAGCUGCAUAAUGCAACACCAGUGGCAUUCCGCGCAUCCAUUGUGAGGAAUGGUACUUAAUCUGGCCCUCUCCGAGCUCAGACCGCACCGCACGCAUCCUCACCAUGCCACCGAGCCACCGUAUUCCUCGCUGUACGCCACUCCUUAUAACUCAGAAUGGGCGUUUGGUGGAGUGUAACAUCAUAUUCUCUGCGACGGUACAGCUUUGCCGGUCUGCGAACCGUCCUGAUCGGUUUCAAGAGCACGAUCCAGGCACCGCCAUGCUCAUUGUUGAGCUGCCAGAGCCAGUGAUGUUUGCCAUACUCCUGACAUACAUUGACGGCGCCACUGGAGAAACGAUAUUCAUGGAGUCUCUGAUUACAGAACGCUUGAAUAUCGUCAUCAAAGAGCAAGACAAGUCAAUCUAUUGGAAGGCCACCAUUCCUGCUCUCCGCUGCUACCAUGUUGUCCUAGAGGACAAGCUCGACUUCUGGGAUGCCGUAGGAUGCUUGCAACGCUGCAAAUCGGACGUGCAACGUAGUCGAGCCGCGGCGCUGGGACAGAUGAAGGCCCUCGAACAGUUGCUACCUGUACUCAACGUACCGCUAGGUGAAGUGCUCCCACGCGAUGAAGGCAAGCCAUUGCGCAGUCCUGUUCUGGAAACCUGCUUCCUCUUUGUCUUUGGGUGCGUCUGGCGCAUUCUCGAGGCGUUAACCCAUGUAUACAACACCUUACACUGCGGCUGGCAAUGAUGUCGCCAGGUAGAAUAGUUUUGGCUUGUCAAGCCACCAGAGUGGACGAGCGUCGGAUACUGUCAAUCUAUGCGAUACAUUCUAUGUCAACUCAUAAGUUCACGGAUAGGGGAAAAUGAAUCGGCUGUGAGGGUUCUUCAAUAAUGCGUAGCAGAGUGCUGCUGUCCCCGUAGG